AUGAAUGAGUCGGAGGUGAGAGAUGACAACGUGGAUUCUAAAUGUAAGGUUUUUGUUCAUGUGGUGAAAAAGCGGAUAAUUUCACCUAAGUGGAAGGAAUCGCAGGCGGGCGAGUUCUGGUACAUUCGACGGAAUUGGAGUCUUGUUGUAGCUUGUGGUGGUGGUGGUGGUGGUGGUGGUGGUGGCGGCGGUGCUGGCGGUGCUGGUAGUGUAAAAGUGGAUUUCACAUCCAAGAAGCAAAGGGUGAAGAAUUCAUUUUUCAUUAUUCAAAAGACAAGGGAUACAAGAAGGAUGAUAGUAUACCUUCGACACCUCCCGGAAGGUGCAGCCAUAGCGGCCCUGUCAGUGCCAACACACCCAUAUACCCAUUCCCUUGGAACCGCCAAUAACUAA